UCGAUAGGCAUGUGUCGGGGAGUGCUCAUUUGAUUACAUCUGUCAUCCGUCAACAUCUCAGGAUAUCACACACAGGGCCAAGAGCUCAACCGCGUAUCAAAGUGUUCAAGGCAGCAAUCCAAAAGCAACUUUUCUCCAUCAAGAUGUCAAACACGGGAGGUCGCAGACUGAAGCAGUGGCUGAUGGAGCAGAUCCAGAGCGGCCAAUACUCCGGACUGCAGUGGGAGGAUGAAAGUCGCACUAUGUUCCGAAUUCCAUGGAAACACGCAGGGAAACAGGAUUACAACCAAGAAAUAGACGCAUCCAUUUUUAAGGCCUGGGCUGUGUUUAAAGGCAAGUUUAAGGAGGGGGACAAGGCUGAGCCUGCAACAUGGAAGACCAGACUCCGCUGUGCCCUGAAUAAAAGCCCUGACUUUGAGGAGGUGACGGAAAGGUCGCAGCUGGACAUCUCUGAGCCCUAUAAAGUCUACCGCAUUGUGCCUGAGGAGGAGCAGAAGCAUGGCAAAAGCUCAGUGAUGGCCAUGGCGGCUACCACCAGCACUGGUGAUAUCACUGACAUGGACUGCAGCCCUGCAGAGAUAGAGGAGUUUAUAAAAGAGGAGGAAGGCCGUAGUAUCCAGGCCAGUCCAGAGUAUUGGUCCCAGGGCAGCAUCAAUGCUUUCCCUCUGCAUCAGGACCCUUUGCCGUCAGGCGGUCUCAGCUCAGCUUUCUCCCAAAUGCUGAUCAGUUUCUACUACGGAGGAAAGCUGAUGCACACCACAGCGAUUACACAUCCUGAAGGCUGCCGGAUCUCUCCACAGCAGCACCUGGGUCGUGGCACCAUGUACAGUUCAGACAGCAUGCAGAGUGUUCAUUUCCCUCCCCCCGAGCUCAUCGAGUACGACCGCCAGCGCCAUGUCACACGCAAGCUCCUGGGCCACCUGGAGAGAGGCGUGCUGGUCCGUGCCAACCAAGAGGGCAUCUUCAUCAAGAGGCUGUGCCAGAGCCGUGUCUUCUGGAGUGGGCUGGGAGAAGUGGGCUCACCAUUCAGCCCCAUGCCUUGUAAACUUGAGAGGGAUGCUGUUGUCAAGAUUUUUGACACAGGGAAGUUUCUUCAAGCUCUACAGAUGUACCAGGAGGGUCAGUUUCCUGCUCCUGAUCCGACAGUGACUCUGUGUUUCGGAGAGGAGCUCAGUGAUCUCAGCAAUGCCAAAAGCAAACUGAUCAUUGUGCAGAUCACUGUGGUGAACUGCCAGCACCUGCUGGAGGCAGUGAACAUGCGCCGCUCCCAGCCCUACUGCAACAACCCAAACCUGGAGAUGUCUGAUAAUGUGGCCAGUGACCAGAUGGCCCGCAUCUACCAGGACUUGUGCAGCUACAGCGGCCCCCAGAGGCCAGCCUGCUACAGGGACAACAUGCCCAUCACUGCCUGAUCUGUGAGCAGCAACACACCUGCCAGGAGCUCUCCAGCGUGUAUCAGACUGAGUGUACAACAUAUUAGGGACAUUCCUUAUUUUACUGACAUACACUGACAAGAUGAAUUCAGACAAAGCACAGUAUUGUAAUCAGUUUUAACUUCAUACUUUUUACGCUUAUACCAAUCACAGUAAGGACAAGAAAAUCUCAUACAAUAGCAUUUUAAAGCUGCAGCUCCGACCCGUUCUCAAUUUUAGGAUGUCCCUAGUAUUUGUAUGUCAGUAAUGUUUGUAUUUUUUACAAGUGCAGUGCUAACAAAAACUCUGUGUUUAACUUCUGCUUUUUUAUUGCAUGGGAGUAUCAUCAUCCAGCUCAAGAGACAAAAGUAGCAUGUUAUAAUAUAUGUUACACACAACUUGUGUGUUGUAAAGCCUUAAGAACAGAUUCACUGUGGUGACUUCCAUCACAGAACUUUCUCAUAUAUAUCUGUAAAGACUAGACUCAAAGCCUCGGAGCACUGUGACAGCAGUUGGAUAUAUGCAAUGUAGUUCUCAAAGCUGAAUUUUAUGUGUUUUUUUUUUAAUUUGAGUUGCUUUCUCAUAGAUAACUGUUUGGAUAAACAGACAAAAUUAAUUUUUUAUCUAUUUUUUACAGUAAAUGAAAAAUCUUUUCAUGAGUUGAUAAAAAAGUGUGGAAUUGUAGGUGCAAUGUGGCAUUAUAUUACAGAUAGGUUUUACUAUCAGACUGAUUUUUUAUAAACUGCAUUUCUAGUAAACUAGUUUGUACUGAAA